GGGUUCGAGAGCGGCGCGUGCGCCCAGUGCUCCGGGCGGCUUCGACGCAUGCGCUGGGGGCGGGGAUAGGGCGGCAGCGGUUGGAGGGACGCAUGCGCAAGGUGGGGCCGCGGGUGGCCGUUGAUGGGAGACGCGUGCGCAGAGGGAUCGAAGGUGCCAGAAGGAGCCAAGCCGCGGCUGGGGCGGCGAGACCUGGACGCUGUUCAGACUCGAGUCCCCAGAGAGACCUUGUGUUGUAGGAUUCUCCAUUGAGCCCUAACACGUGUCAGACCCCAAGUCUUCUCCCAUUCACCUGCCCCAAAGCGCUUCCCAUCCACUGCCCUACCCAAAGCCAGAGCUGAUCUGCAGACCUGUGACCUGGGAUGGCUGAGAUGAAGCGGCCGGUCAUUUCUCACCCCUGGGAGGAGGAGGAGUGCUUGGAGUACUAUGGCAUGGUAUCCUUGCACCACAUGUUCGAGGUGAUCGGCUCCCAGCUGACGGAGAAUGAUGUGGCCGUGCUCUCUUUCCUCCUUGAUGAGACCCAGCCCUGGACCCACCCGCUGGACCCCAGGCUGUGGGCUGUGGUGGAGGAGGACAGAGCAGAGACUCCCUCUCCUCUUCUGGAGAGCUGGCAAAGGAGGAGCAGGCGCCGGCAAGCUCCAGUGGAGGCAACCGGGAGCCUAGAGGUGGUGGGCGAGCGGCACCAGCCCAGGAACGGGGUGGAGCUGCUGCUGGAGCUGGAGAGGAGAGGGAGAUGUGAUGAGACCAAUUUCCUGCAGCUACUGCAGCUCCUGCGAUUGCUGACCAGGCAUGACCUGUUGCCCUAUGUCACCCUGAAGAGGCAGCGUACAGUGUCCCCUGAGCGAUACACCUACGGCCCGUCUGUGACAGCUUCUGACCGGCAGAUGGACAGUUGUCUCGGCUCAGCCUCUGCAGAGACCCAGCCUGAUCAGUGGGAGACGGGCUCCAACUCCAGCAAGAGGAAGCGGGUGAGCAGAGGCAGGGCACGGGCCAGUGCCCUCGGCAGGCGGCGUGGGGCCAAGACAGUCCCUGCCCUCAAGCAGGAGCCCCCAUCCCCCACCAAAGUGACCUGUGACAUCCGGCUGCGGGUGCGUGCCGAGUUCUGCCAGCACGAGCCUGUCCUGCGGCAGAACGUGCUGUCCAACAAGCAGCACCGGCUGGAGCGCCAGUUCGACAUCUUCGGCCAGUCCAACACCAUCCUCAAGUCGCGCGAUCUGGGCUCCAUCAUCUGCGACAUCAAGUUCUCGGAGCUCUCCUACCUGGACGCCUUCUGGAGUGACUACAUGAACGGCUCUCUGCUGGAGGCCCUCAAGGGCGUCUUCCUCACCGAGUCCCUCAAGGACGCCGUGGGGCAGGAGGCCAUCCGGCUGUUGGUCAACGUGGACGAGGAUGACUACGAGGAGGGGCGCCGUCUGCUGCUGGAGAGCCUCGGCCCCCAGUGACAGCCCCUGUGGGGCGGGGGCACAGCCUGGCCUCCGGGGAAUUCAGUCUGGGUCUCGGUCUGUAGUUUUUUCUGAGCCACUGGAGCUCAUCCACUUGGGCCACAGAGACUCCUGAGAACAGCCUGACCCCGUCUGUGUGCUGCCACGGGGCAAACCUCUGCCAGCCUACAGGCCUCCAACUGUGUCAGCUGCCAGCCGGCCCCGGAAGCCCUCAGCCGAGCACUGGACUCAGUGAUGCCCCUCCUGUAUUGGUGAAGACGCAGGACAGGCAACUGCAGGGCAUGGGGCCAGCCCCCUUGCCGGCUCGCCGUGGCUUGUGUCCCCGGGCAGGGGCACAGCUGACAAGGAGACUUGACCUGUAAUUAUUUUUAGGACGCAAAGCUCGUUUUCCUCCCGCUGCUGUUUUGGCUGUCUGCCCCGAAGGCUGGGGAGACUCGGAGAGGUUGUAAAGUGGGAACCUUUGAGUCAGUUUUCUUAGGGACGUUUUCCUGUUCUCUGGCUAUUUGUACAUAAUAUAAAUAUAUCGGGGGGGUGGGGGGGCAAACAGGGCUCAGGAAGCAGCUGCAGGAAUUUGCCCUCUGAGCCCCAAGGGUAGGGGGGUGUCAGCUGGUGGAAUUAUUUAAAAAAGAUGGUAUUUUUUUAAUCAAAAGAUGAAAAAAAACCAAACAAAACAGCCCAACCUGAUCUUUUUCGACAAAUGGUUUUGCAGCGUCUUGUAUCGGGAUGGAAAAAUCAAUAAAACAAAGAAUUUGUAGAGGA